AUGGCUACUGCUCCUGCCCAGGAGAAUCAAUGGAGCGGGGUCGAGGACACCAUUGAUGACCCUGAAGAGUUCAAGGUCAUAUUCCAAGCAUUGGACUCCUUUGCUCAAUAUGCAAGGACGGCACAUUUACACUGCACGCAUAUGCGUCGCCAGGCCUUCUACGCCCUUCCGCAAGCACACUGGAAGAUGUUGGCAGAGCCCCCAUUUUCAUACCUGGAGACAUUGGAUCGCAUAGACUCCGCCAUUGAGAGCAACGCGGAUCUGGCGCGCAGCAUUCUCAAGCAAGGCCUGCAGUCUUUUGGUGCCGAACAACAAGGCUCCUACGAGUCCGCCCAUGUUCUCAUGCCCGAGGAAUGGGCUGGUGUCUCCAAGCAGUCGGACGCGGACAAGGCAAGAAGCACCCUUCGGCAGUUCUACCGCGACUGGUCUGUUGAGGGUAAGGCUGAGCGAGAAGCUUGUUAUGGACCCAUCUUCCAGGCCCUUGAGUCACAUAAGGCGAGGCAUCCAGAGGGUACGCAGAUGAGUGUGCUAGUCCCUGGCGCUGGUCUUGGUCGCCUGGUCUUUGACCUCUGCCACAAGGGAUACUUCAGCGAGGGCAAUGAGAUUUCGUAUCAUCAGUUGCUGGCAUCGUCCUUUAUCCUAAACAGCGUCAAGCAAGCUGGUCAAUUUACGAUAUAUCCAUGGAUACACUCCUUUUCAAACCACAAGAGCCGUGACAACCAAUUUAGAAGUUGCAAGGUGCCUGACAUCCACCCGCAACGGACGCUGGAGUCGGCCCAGGGCAUUGGUGCCAUGCAGAUGUGCGCUGCUGAUUUCUUGUGCCUGUACGGCGACGAGGAACACAAAGAUACGUACGAUGCAGUCGCUGCCUGCUUCUUCUUGGACACGGCGCCAAACCUCAUUCGCUACCUGGAAGUGAUUAGGAACUGUCUGAAACCCGGCGGCAUCCUUAUCAACGUCGGACCUCUUCUCUGGCAUUGGGAGGGCCAAGUCGCCGGCCAUCAGGGCUAUGACGGCGACGGCGGAGACGAGGCUAGUGGGAACAUGGGCAUUGCCGAGCCAGGCAGUUUUGAGCUCACACAUGACGAGGUCGUGGCCCUUGUUGAGAAACUGGGAUUCACCAUAGAGCAUCAAGAGACCAAUAUCACGGCGCCAUAUAUCCAAGACUCAAAUAGCAUGUUGCAAACGGUCUAUAGAGCUGCGCAUUGGGUUGCACGGAAAUCAGAAACAUAG